AUGAGGUAUUCUAAAGAUAUCACAUUUCGGGGAUUCCCCAAAGUACUUGAAAUAACUAUAAUUUCAUCUUCGAAAACGUAAACAACAGACGUUCUGCUAAGAUACCAAUACUUAGGAAAUUGCCCCGCAACGAUAAAUUUUCGUUCUAAACGUGGUACAAAUGCAAUAAGACACAAAUUUCAAUCAAGGCAAAGUCAGAAUUUCGGCAUAAAAGUGAGAAUUUGUCAACUGUCUCUACGAUUUCGUUCUUUAACAUUUAUGACGCAGUUAAAAUUCGUCUGCAGCUGGCUGACACCAAGCAGACAUUUAAUAUUCGCGGAAAAAGUAUAAGUGAUUAAAAUCAGUCAAGCUAAUGGUAAAAGAAAAACAUGAAACCUCACGACAAAGACGAUGUAUUAAACCGAAAUGAAGAAGCUGAGACUGGAUUGGAACAACGAAGUAAUACUACUACGAAGCACCAAGAUGCAGACGAGGGGAAAGACUAUGUCUUGUCAGCAUCACAGGAAAAUAUAACUAAAGAGGGGGAACUGAGAAUAUGCGAGAAGAGCCAGACCGCUGGGGGAAAUCCUGUAUUUGUUUUAAAGAUUUUCUCUCGAAUAGCACAAAUUGGUAAGAAUAACAAUAUCGAUAUGUACSAUAAACAGGGAAAGGAAGAUUCGCAGAGCGAAGACAUCGAUGAUAACAACAAAUUUAUGUCACAUAGAUCAGAAAUACGCAGACCUGGAGAUACUUUCGAGAAGAGAUCACAAGARAUAGAAUCUUCAGAAGAAAGUACGUGUUCUGAUACCCCAAGAACUCGCAAAGAAAGGCAUAAAAAACCGCGGUCACGCAAAUCACAAUUGCUAAUGAAUAUGGAAGUGUGUAAAUCCAUUGGACCUGCUGACCCGUCACCCUCUUGUAAAUUAUUUUUUGAAAUAUCUGACGAAGYCAUGAAGGAAUUGCAAGUGYUUCGUGACAAUGGUGAUUGGGUUUCCUUUGAAAAGGCAACUAUACGGAUGAGAGAGAAAAAGGGAUGUAUUGACAACGACGAAACGAGCUUAGUUAUUAAUCUUGAGCAAAGUAUGGCCGUUUGUUACCAAAACGACCUGGAAGAGUCYGAAAGGAUAAUACUGGACGUGAUAAAAAAAUCUGAAAACAUCGAGAAUUCUUUGCAUUUUAAAAGGCGUGCCCAUAUCUAUCUUUCUGGGGUGUAUCGUAAAAUGGGUAGCAAGACCGGGAAAGCUGACGAACACACCGAAAAGGCAGAGAAAAUUGGUGCUGAAGUCUUGGGCUCAAAAACCUUGGAUUCAACAUUUGAGCACUACGAACGAGCCAGUGUUCUAAUGGACUUUAUGGCUACAUGUACCUGUCCUACAAUCAAAGACAARAUGAAAGAGAGAGCUAAAGCAAGCUUAAAGAAAUGUAUUGAUGUUUCAUURGUGUUGGAAGAAGACACUUCAAAACAACGCUACGUCAAGAAAAAUCAAUUUGCAUUGAUAAAGAUAGCGAUGUUGGUUUUAGACUGUCGCACACCUGCAGCCCGCCAGAAAGACAGCGUAAGUCAAUCAGAUAUUGACGAGGCAACAGAUUCCCUUGCUGCUCUUAGACGAAGCUACUGGGACGACAUGGCACAAGGGGAAAAACUCCAGUUCUUCUUAGCAAUGKCUGACUUGCAUUGGCGMCAAAAACAUUUUUCGGAGGCUCAUACAUUUGCAUCAGAGGCGUUAGCAAUGGCAAAAGACCUCMGGUUUGGAACAGAGAUCAAACCAGCAAAGGAUCGGCUGACGGAAAUUCAGUUAAAGCUCCAAGAUUUMUCUGUGAACCACUCAACCACAGAAGAAAAUGGWGUCUCAAUGGAAAAUGAUUAUUGUGCAUCAGCAAGUGAUACUGAUUUGACUGAUGGUCACUUUGGUGGAUCGAGUUCUCUCGAGACAGACGACUCAUUGUCAGGCUUSCMAUAAACACUAAGUGCAAAGAAUUAAUUCAAAGCAAGAUUUAGUUAAAUAUGAAAUCAACAUUAAAUUUGAAGAAAUUUCAUAUCAAAAAUCUAUUUUCGAUAUUAAAUGUUUGGAAAAGGACAUUACUAAUAUCCUAUCAAGUGCGCUAGAGCUGAAAUUAUGACGAAUGAUUAAAAUAAAAAGGUCGAGAAGUUGCUUGAAUUUUUAACAUUUCAAGAAAAAAAACACAAGUAGUACGAUUGCCUAUUUUUAAUAGAUUAUGUUUUUUGUGCAUGCUUUUUAUAUUAUUGUAAGUUUAUCAAAUACAUUUAUCAAUUUUUCUGCUAUUAAAUAAACGAAGAAUUUUUAGAUUAUAGUUAUUUUUUUGUUUAAAACUUUUUUGGUAGACAUAUAUCUAUUAAUUUCUAUAGUUAUCGAUAAAUCAGAUUURUUAAAAAAAUUAUAAAAAAGAUAUUU